AUGUCACAAGUGCCACAGCAUGCUAUAGCCGAAAUAUGUCGAUAUGGUGCUGGAGAGCUGCAUGUUGUUGCCAGUCUUGUGGGAGGUAUCGCUGCUCAAGAAGUCAUUAAAUUAGCGACAAAUCAAUAUGUACCAUUGGACAACACAUUCGUCUUUGACGGACAUACUCAACGAAGCUCGGUAUUCAGGAUGUAG